AUGUCAACUAAGCAAAGCUUAAGAUUAAAUGAGGCACAGUUAGUAGCUGUCAGAGAGACUUUUGAUUUAGCUGAUGACGAUUCAGAUGGAAAGAUUAAUUUUGAUCAGGCAUGCAUUUUAUUUAGAGUACUUGGUCAAACAAUAACAGAUCGUGAUUUGAAAACUGCAUUAUUAGAAAGUUGGCCGGGACUAGAUAUUCAAUCUGAGGGAUCUAGAGAUAAAGGAUUCAAGAAAAUAGAUACUAAUGCUCUGGCUCCAAUAGAAUUUGACGCAUUUAUCAAAAUUUUCAGAGCCAAAUAUAAGGUUCCUUUUGAUGAAAAUACAAUAAUAGAAGCUUUUCAAGUUUUUGAUCCAGAUAACACAGGACUUAUGCCAGCAAAUUCUUUCAUUCAAUUAAUGACAACAGCAGGAGAGCCCGUUCCAACAAAUGAUGUUGAAGACUUAUUACUACUUGCAAAUGUUGAUAAAGAUGGAAAUUUCGAUUAUACUCAAUUAGCGAAAAGGCUUGUUGAAGGGCCCAAAAAUGUUCGUGUUUUGUAA